CAAAAACGGAACUAAACACUGAAAUUGUCGUAAAAUCUUUAAAAAAAAUCCCCAAAAAAGCCUGAAAAAAGGUAUCGAGAUCCGUUUUUGAACAUUUUUACGAACGAUUACAGAAUGUCAAGGAGCUCAUAAACGAUGGCAAAUAGCAGGGAAAACAUGGAGCUCGAGUCAUUUCUCGUGACGAAACACUCUUGGAAGGGCAAGUACAAGCGAAUUUUGUCAAUUGGCACGACAGGCAUCUCGACAUAUCAUCCGGAUCGCUUCGACGAGACUAAUCGAUGGUCGUAUUCGGAUGUUUUGGGAGCGGCGCCUAAUCGAACGGGAGGAAAUACUGCUCAAGAAUUCACGUUGAGUUUGCGGAAGGACAAGAAACAAGACACGAUCAAGUUGUCGUCGGAGUUUCGGAAUGAAAUUCUCACCGCAAUCUUCCGUUUUUACAAGGAAUUCUCGGAAAAACCCAAAUUUGUGCAAAAAUAUCAAGCGAAGAAGCAUCAUUGGUCGGGAAUUAGCUUGCCAAUUGUCUUGGAAGUGACUCCUUGUUCGUUAGAUCAACUCGAUCCAACCACAAAUACCGUUCUUGCCAGCUACAAUUACAAAGAUAUCGACGGUAUCAUCGGGAUUCAAGAUUACGAAGGCGGAAUUGUGCUCGCGUAUGGCGGUUGGAGUCGUUUGCAUCUCUUCAAAGUCAUCAAUCAUUACGAAGUCAUUCAAAAUAUCGUGCAGUAUGCGCAGCAAUUUCUCGCUAUCGACAUCAAAGUGCUCAAAAGUCAAAUCACGUUGGAGCAAUUCGAAAAUGAGCGUUUUGGCAAAUACAAGGACGACAUGUACCACACAUCGAUGAGCGAAUUUAUCGUGCAAAAAGUCAGCAUUCGUCAUUUUGAGCCGGUGCGACGAAUUUUGUGCCUCACUGAUUUCACGUUGUUGGAACGCGAUCCGCAAACGUACAGCAUUUGUACGUUACGCCCGUUGAACGAUGUCUUUGCGCUGAUUCGCGAUAAUGACAACAUCCAGCAAUUUAGUAUCGAGUACAAGAAUGGGUGUGUGCGAACGUACAUCACGAACGAGAGGGAUUCGUUGCUUGCGACGCUGCUUGAUGCUGUGAGAUCAUCGAGUAAUCCGGAUGUGCAUGUGCGGAUUAAUCGAACGCCCCGCGGAAAACGUGCAGGACCCUUGACAGCGCCUGUGGAUGAAGAAACGGAAGCGAAUUUACUGAAAUUUAUCAUUAGCAUGUAUCAGUAUCCCGUGAAACGGUUGGAAAUUAUCGAACGGUUCAAUGCGAAUGUUCCUUAUAGCGGACUGAAUUAUAGUGUUACACAAGAUUCCUUGUUCUCUGAAAACAAAGAAAGAUUAAUUACGGGUGCCCUUCAAGCUCUAACGACAAAAGAAUUGGAUCUGUCCCAAUUGAAUGAUCAAGAACUCGAGGGCUCAUUUCACGUUUUACGACGUCUUCUUGCAAGCAAAGUUGGUUUCGCCGCCUUCACAAAUCUCCCCGGAUUCCGUGAAUCGAUUGGACAACGCGUCGUAACGUCGCUCCGUCGUAAAGAUCUCGCUGUUUCUUAUGCCGCCAUUGACAUGAUCAACUCUCUGAUGCACUCGAUGCAUGCCGAUUACGACUUGAAGCAAGAGCAGCUGAAUAAAAGUUCGUUAUUACAUUCCAAAUCGUUCCUCGAGAGUUUGCUCGAAAUGUGGGUUCAACACAUAAAUCUCGGGAGCGGAGCUUUGGUUUUGUCGGCAAUGUUGGAUUUUCUCACUUUUGCUCUGUGUGCGCCUUAUAGCGAGACAACCGAUGGAAAGCAGUUUGAUUUGUUGCUGAAUAUGGUUGCGGAACGAGGAAGAUCGCUUUUUAAACUUUUUCAACAUUCGUCGUUGGCGAUUGUAAAGGGAGCUGGUUUGGUAAUGAGAGCCUUGAUUGAAGAAGGAGAUGCUGAAGUUGCGAAACAAAUGCAAAUUUUGGCCUUAGAUGAGGCAGCUUUGUGCAAACAUUUGCUUAUGGCACUUUAUACACCGAGCACAGAUGCUACCAUGGCAACGCAUCGUCAACUUUCGCGACAAUUGGUUGGAUUGUGGGUUACAGAUAGCGAUGAAGCUGUCAAUUUGUUCAAAAGAAUCUUCCCCGCUGGAUUACUGAUGUUCCUCGAGUCAGAAAGCGAAGUACCCAAAGACGAAGUCGAAGAAGAUCGUCUCAACGUGCGCAACAACUUGGAAAUGGCUGUCGAGAGCAAUUCGCGCAACAAACGCAUCCAAUAUCUCAUCGAAAAACAUCUUGACGGCAUCAAACAUUGGGGUCUCACACUUCUGGAUCGUCCCGAAUUAUCAGCAAAACUCGGCGGAACAACAAAUCCCGCCAAAGCUCGUCCCGUCGUUUUGAGAAAUCGUCGAAAACGCAAACCGCAAAGCGAUAAAAUCUUCAAUCUCCCUCUCUUCUUCUACCAAUUCGGAAAAUCGCAUACACUGCCGAACCUCAUAUGGAAUCACAAAACGCGCGAAGAGCUCCGUAUCGCUUUGGAAAACGAAAUUCGUCAAUUUCAAUCAGAUAAGGAUUUGGCAGGACAACUUUUGGUAGCAUGGAAUUACGACGAAUUCGAGGUGCAGUACAAUAGUUUAGCGGACGAGAUUAAAAUCGGCGAUUAUUACAUCCGGAUAUUGCUUGAACGGGAUGAUUGGCCUUCGAAUUUGGUGAAAGACCCGAAUGAGUUGUUCAAUGCGUUGUACCGAAGGGUUUUGUGUCGCAAUCGAAUCAAUGACGAUCAAUUGACAGUUUCUUCGUUACAGGCUCUUGCGAAGGUCUACAAUCGAUAUUACGAAGAAAUUGGAUAUUUUAGUGACAUGCCUUACAUUUUGCAAAUGAUCGAUCGUUGUUUGUCGCCGUCGUUGCGCGAUGCCUUGGUGACUUUGGUAAAAGUUCUCGUGCUGUACAAAGCGAAUUGCCGUCCCGUCGCUGAUCACGUAGGAACUCUCGUGGAUCUUUUGACACUCGCGCAUCUUCAUCGAAAUCGUGUGGCGCCCAAUACGAAGACAAAUACCAUCGAAGCGGGUCAAAACAUGAAGGAGCACGAAGAGAAAGAUUGGUAUUACAACAUUGAACGUGAAAACGAAAAACCCGAGAGAAUCGGUCCCGUGACAUUUUCUGAACUAAAAGAGCUUUGGGCGAAAAACGCAAUAAAUCCUCGAACACGAUUUUGGGCAACCGGCAUGGAUGGAUGGCGUUCAUUGCAACAAAUCCCUCAGUUAAAAUGGUGUCUCAUGGCAAAAGGAAACCCGUUGUAUAACGAAAGCGAAUUGGCGAAACUAAUUUUGGAUAUUUUGAUCAAAUGUACGAGUUUCUUCCGAAGUCGUUCGAGUGACGGACAUGCAGUUUUAAUUCCCGGACCUCGAAUGUCACGAAAACUCUCGGAAUUUCUUCAUCUCCCGCAAAUUGUUCAACUUUGUCUCACCCAUGAUCCGGCGCUGGUCGAACGCGUUGCUACUCUCCUUUGUCAAAUCAUGGAAGACAAUCCAGAAAUGUCGAAAAUUUACUUGACAGGCGUCUUUUACUUCAUGCUCAUGUACACGGGAAGUAACAUUCUCCCCGUAGCUCGUUUCCUGAAGCUAACUCACAUGAAACAAGCCUUUCGAAGCGACGAUCAAAACAUGACGUCAAAUAUCAUGUAUCGAAGUAUCCUCGGACAAUUGUUGCCUGAAGCGAUGGUUUGUUUUUUGGAGAAUUACAGCGCUGAAAAAUUCGCGGAAAUAUUUUUGGGUGAAUUUGAUACCCCUGAAGUCAUUUGGAAUUCAGAGAUGCGAAGGAUGUUGAUUGAAAAAAUUUCCGCGCAUAUUGCGGAUUUUACGCCACGUUUGAGAGGACAUUGUAUGUCGCGAUAUCCGUAUAUUGCAAUACCCGUUAUUAGUUAUCCGCAGUUGGAAAAUGAGCUUUUCUGUCAUAUCUUUUAUUUGAGACAUUUGACGGAUACGCAAAAGUUUCCAGAUUGGCCAAUUGCGGAGCCGGUAUUGCUUUUGAAACACACUUUGGAUGCAUGGAGGAAGGAAGUUGAGAAACGCCCGCCGGAAAUGACAGUUAAACAAGCUUAUGAAGUGUUGGGUAUUGAUUUGGAAAAGGUUGCACAGCCCGAUGAAUCUGUAAUUAGGAAGAGUUAUUAUAAAUUGGCGCAGAUUUAUCAUCCAGAUAAAAAUCCAAAAGGAAAGGAAAUCUUCCUCCGAGUCAAUCAAGCUUAUGAAUUUAUUUGCUCCCGCACGAAAUGGAGCACAGAUGGUCCAAGUGCCAGCAACAUCGUACUAAUUCUCCGCACGCAAAGCAUUUUAUUCGAACGUUACUCGGAGGAAUUGCGUCCUUACAAAUACGCCGGAUAUCCGCAACUCAUCAAAACGAUCCGCUUGGAAACGAAAGACGAUCAACUCUUUUCCAAACCCGUGCCGUUACUUGCAGCUGCUUCUGAAUUGUGUUAUCACACCGUCAAUUGUUCCGCCUUGAAUGCCGAAGAGCUGCGACGUGAAGAGGGAAUCGAAGCUUUGUUAGAGGCUUAUUCGCGAUGCGUUUCCAUCAUGGGAGUCGAUUCGAAACCCGACGAAUUGCACUAUCAAGUCAUCUCGAACAUCACAAAAUGCUUCGAAGUCGCCUGUUAUUUCGAAAAUUGCAAGAACAAGAUUCUCAAGUUACCGCGUCUCUUGUUGGAUGUGUGUCAUGUCGUCAGUUUCAAACAUUCUCCCUCGGUUGCGCUCAUCACGAGUUUGGCAGCGAAUAAUACGGAAUUGCAAAAUCAACUUGUGUGCAACGGAAUUUUGUGGAGUCUCAUGCUUUUCAUGUUCGAGUACGAUUACACGUUGGAUGAGAGUGGCGUCGCGGUUGACGAGAAGACAAAUCAACAACAAGCGUGUAACAAUUUGGCAAAACUCGCUGUUAGUGCAUGCUGUGCCUUAAGCGGAUAUUCAAUCAAACUCUUGAACGAUCCGACGGAAGUUUUGGUAAGCUCACCGACCACAUCGAAUGCCUCACUUCCGGAAAAUUCACCGCGAAAAAUGCCCCCGCCGCCUCCCGUGUCUUCAAAUUCGCUCGAUUACGGCGACAAAGCCACAAAUAUCAUCCAACAGAAUCAAGCGUUGGCCAAUAUGAUCACGAAUGUCACGCGCGAAGACCGAAAAUCGGAGGAAAUUGAGAAAAAUGACACGUCAAAGUUGUCUCUCAGGUACAGCAUCUCAGGAACAGCCACAAACAAAGUCGUCAAACGCAUCUUAGAUGUCUUGCUGACACCUUUUAUCGCUAACAAACUCGCAACUGACACGGAUAACGAGAUUUUGAAGAUUCUCACGUCAAAUACUCGUAACCCUUAUUUGAUUUGGGACAAUGGAACACGUGCUGAACUCUUGGAUUUCUUGGAGCAACAACGGCAAAUCAGCGCAAGGCAACAAUAUGAAGAUGUAACUGACGUUUUGAAGCUCGUACAAGACUUCACCUACGAAUCACACAAAACGGAAGUUCAAGUUGGACAAGUUUUCUUGCGGAUUUACAACGAGAUGCCCACAUUCCCGAUCGAGGAUCCAAAAUCGUUCGUUAUUGACUUGCUCGUGUUCCUGAAACAAGCUUUCUUGUUCUUAUCCAAUGGAAAAUCCGGAGGCGCAGGAGACAUUUUAAUUCCGACUUUAGCUGUGGAUCAUCCCUCAAACAAGGCUCCGUUGAAUCCGCUGUUGAACGAAUAUCAAAAGGCGAAGCAGCGAAAUCAAUUGCAAGUGAAUCCGAAUCAACCUGCGAAUAUUUUUCACUUUCAAAAUACAGCGACGACUGUCACGGGCAUCAUUAUGGUCAUGAAGUCGCUCAUUGGGGUCUUCAAUUCGAAUCCAAAUAUCGAAAUGCAAUGCAUUGGGUACUUUGAUUUGCUUUUCCAAUUGCUGUGUCAAAAUAUGACGGAGUACGAUCACGUUAUUAAGACGCUGGCGUUGGAAAUUAUCUCGCUCGUGUCACGAAAUAAGGAUUGCGUGGCAGAAAUCGCCGCUUGUGAUAUCUUGGGUAGCUAUUUGACGUCGAUGAAGGAUCCAGAUUUGAAAAAUGUCACGCAAAAGGUGUUGGAUACGCUUUCGGGGCUCGUCAAUAUGCAGAAAAUGGUUAAAGAAGCACAAGCUAAAGGUGCCGUCAUUUACCUCCUCGAUCAUUUCUGUAACUCAAAUAAUCCUCAAAUCCGUGAGACGUGCGCUGAAUUACUCGGAAAAAUGACUCUCGACAAGUUGAGUGGUCCCAAAGUUCGUAUCACAGUUUGCAAAUUCCUUCCUGUCGUCUUUUUGGAUGCCAUGAUCGAGACGCCAGCUGGUUGCGUGCAAAUGUUCGAGAGCACACACGAGCAUCCCGAGUUAAUUUGGAACGACAAAACUCGCGAGACUGUUUCGUUUGCCGUACGAACGAUGGCUGACAACUUUUACAUGAAGCAAAAGCAAAAUCCGAAAUUUUUGUGGCACGAUCCCGAGCAAUUGCCCGAAAUUGUUUCCGACGAACUUAUCGUAUCGGGCGUUUACUUGCGCCUUUUUGUCUCGAAUCCGGGAUGGACGUUGCGCAAACCGAAACAAUUUUUGUCGGAUUUGUUGGAUUUCAUCGUGGACAAUAUCAGUCGAACGGGCGUCGAUAAGGAAACGCUCGAUAUUGCGACGCAAUCAUUGGUACUGUUGCUCAAUGUUCAGCCAAACUUGGCAGAUACGAUUCCAGUAUUAGGACACAUACCAAAAUUCUUUCGACAACUUUCGACACAACCAAAGAGUGCAUUAGAAGUAUUACAUGCCCUCGCAUUGUCAGAGGUUUGUGUGGCUGCAAUUGCGCAAACUGACUGUAUUUAUGCGCUCAAAAAGUGCAUGGAGGAAAACAAAAAUAUGUGGGGAAAAGUUUCCGAGACACUCAAUCGUCUUUUCAAGUGCCAGCAUGACUCGCUCGUUCGACAAUCAUUGGAAAGCAAUUUAGUGCAAUAUCUGUUGACGAUUCUUGAUUCUCGGAUCGAAAGUGAAGAAAAUCCAGCAAUGAUCAAAGCUAAAAUCGUGUCUGCAUUGAAAUCCAUGACGCAUAACAUCAAUUACGGCGAUCGCGUUGCUCAUAUUUUGAAUUCUAACAAAGUUUGGGCGGAUUAUCGUGAUCAAAAGCAUGAUUUGUUCAUAAUGGAUACUAACAGACCCUUUGCGAUUACAGCUGGCGUUCCUCAAACUGCGGGUUAUUUGACACAAGCUCCAAGCAAAAGUGUAGAAGUGACAACAUCGCCGCCGCCCAUAGAUCGAGACGAUCCGAUGGCAAGACCAACUGACUUGGUUUGAAAGUAAUUUUUAGACUAAAAAAAAAUAUCUAAAUAACAAAAAAAAAACAUAUUUAACUCAUUUAGUUUCACAGAGCUUAUAACUGUAAUUUUGUUAACGCCUCUAUACCUAUAUCAAAUGUGAUGUAAAUACAUUUAAUAUAAAAAAAAACGUAUCU